UGAAACAGUGGAUGCAGUGAAAGAAUAGGACGACGCGUUUCAUACCCAAACAGUAUUCGCAUGAGGGGAGAAACGAUGGAUGAAUAUCCUUAUCCCAUCACUGUAGACGUCAGUUGGACAAACUCUGUCUCUAAAGGGAUACAGAACAAGCUUCAGAUUUAUUUUCAAAGUAAAAAGAAGUCGAGUGGAGGGGACUGCUUGGUGCACUACGAGGAUCAACGCUCCACUAGAGCAACUGUUUAUUUCAAAUCUGAGGAUGUCAGGGAAAGGGUUCUAUCGAGAGAUAACCACGAAAUUACUGUAGACAAUGAAACUGUGAAGUUGCGCUUGUCAUCCUCGGGGGGAAAUCUGAAAGAGGAUUGCACUCUGUCGCUUGGUGCUACAAGCAAUGAAUUGUCAGAUGUGUCAAGUGAAGCACAGGAAGCUCCCAACUCUGAGAGUGGGCCUGGAGAGGGAGGUGGAGCUGAGGUGUCUCCUCAGAGCUCUGCUGUGGUGCUGGAGAGAGUUCCUGAGAGCAUGCCGAGAGAGAUGCUGACAUUGCUGGUGGAGACCCUCUCUGGCCUGGAGGAGGACAACUUCUCCCUAGAGGUCAUCAGUGAGACCAACAGAGCUGUUGUGACCUUCAAUAAUCCCAAAGAUGUGGAGCGGUUCCUUACUGAGAGCAAGAGCAACAAGAGUUUCCAGAAGCAGGGUUUGAUUGGCCGGUUGCUAGAGAGGUGCCAGAGUGUGAGAGUGGAGAACCUGACCUCCAACAUACCUGAAGAGAUGCUGGUGCUCUACUUUGAGAAGUGGGCUGGCCCAGCAAAGGACAUCAUUAUGUUCCAUGAGGAACAGGCAGCCAUUGUCACCUUCCACGCAGCAGAAGUUGUGGAAACCACUCUAAAUAAACAUCAUGUAAUUGGCAAAGUCCCAGUCAACGUGUAUCCAUACUAUGAGUCAUUGAGCACUGCCUUGUAUGGAAAGGAGAGGCCAAUGUGGAAGAUGCCUGACCCCUUCAAAGAGUGUGUGCAUUCUGCUGUAUGGAAAUUCCUCUCCAUGAAGAGACAGUUUUCCCGCAUCACUGACCAGAUGAAGGCUCAUUUCUGUCAAGUAGACAUGGAUACUCCUGAGGUAAAACUCAGUCCUUUGCCAACCCUGCUAAGGCAGAAAGGACUAACAAGCGAAUAUGUAGACGGAUGGAAACAGAAUGCCUUGAUUGUCUUCCGUGACAUCAUGGCCCAAUAUGCUGUGUUUGAGUGUUUUGCAAGUGCCCCAGCGUGGAAGGCAGUGGAGAAAGAAGUCCGCUCGGUGGUGAAAGAGGAUGCUGUCCUAGCUAUGGAUGCCUCCAAAGGGUCUCUGACAGUUGCAGGUCUGGCCGAAGACACAAAGCGACUCCAGGUGCUGGUGGAAGAACUCAUGCAGAGGGCCAUGAGUCGGAUAGAGAGGCAGAGGGAUGGCAUCUCGGACGAGAUGGACAUGUCCCCUGCCAUGUUCUAUAUCCUGCAGCAGGAAGGACUUCUGAAGCGCGCAGCAGACGAAGCCCCAGAGAUGGGUUUUUCUUAUAGAGACGACACCAAGAAGUUGGUUCUCUCAGGUCUUGUUGCAGAGGUGUACAAGAUGAAGAACUGGAUUCUGGAGAGGGAGCUCAAGAUGAAUAAGAAGCAGCUGAAGCUGGAACCCCAACUCCUGGACUUCUUGCGGUCAGUGGACAGUAUGGAGAUGUCCCAGGACCUGUUCACGUCCCGGGGCAUCAACGCUGUGUACAGAGUGGAGGGUGGAAAUGUACUUCUGACUGGUAGCUCAGACAGAGCAUUGGCUGAUGCAGAGCAGAGGGUGAAGACUGCCCUGUCCCUGCAGAGCCUUAUGGUGGAGGAUCAGGAGGUGCUGAGGAAGCCUGAGUGGAAAGAUCUGAACAACCAGCUGGUGGAUGCCUACAACUCCCUAAAGAAAAGAACGGUGGUGAUAAAGCUUCACCCAGAGAGCAGAGACAGAAUCAUUGUGUCUGGCUUCCUGGACCCGGUCAGAGAGGUCAGCAACAGUCUGCGGGACUUUGUUGAAAACUACUCACGAGUCGAAGAGGCUGUCCGUGUCAAGUCCUGUGCCGUGGUUAAAUUCAUCCAGGAGAACAAAUCCCAGGACUGGAAACAUUUUGCCAAGCGUGAUGAGGUGAAUGUCCACUUUGACCCCAGAAGGCCCAAAAUUGUCCUUUCUGGAGCCCGUCUCUAUGUCAAGAAGGUCAAAGAGACCUUUCAGAAGAUGGUAGCACCUUUCUGCACUGAUGAGCUCACCAUCAUGAAGCCUGGAGCAAGGAAGUACUUCCAAGAGAAGGGAAGAAUGUUUGUUUCCAUGGCGAUGAAGGAGCAUGGCUGUGUGGUGCUGCUGCAGGAAGACUACAUGCUGGAGGAAGAAGAGGGCGAUGAUGAAGAUUGGGAGGAAGGGUUUGGCCCAUCAUCUUGCUGUGAGGUGAGAACACACAAUGGAAUCCUGGUCUCUGUCAGUAAGGCAGACAUCUGCAAGUUCAAAGUGGACGCAGUAGUCAAUGCAGCCAAUGAAGACCUGCAGCAUAUUGGAGGCCUGGCUUUAGCACUACUCAAGGCUGCUGGUCCUCGGCUGCAGGAGCUCAGUGAUCAACAUAUCCGUAAUAACCGCCGACUGCAGCCAGGCGACGCCAUUGUGACAGAUGCAGGCAAUCUGCCCUGUAAGUAUGUGGUCCAUGCGGUUGGUCCACGGUUCACAGACUUUGACCAGGGAACAGCCAUACAGCGUCUGAAACAAGCUGUGAAUGAGAGCCUGAGGGAGGCUGCGAAGGUUAACUGCUCAACUGUUGCCGUCCCGGCCGUCAGCUCUGGGAUAUUCGGCUUUCCUCUGGACCUGUGCACUGAGACCAUUGCUGUGGCAGUGCGUGACUACUGUGAGAACCUGAGUGGUCAGACCUCCCUGACUGAGAUUCACCUGGUGGACAACAGUGACAACACUGUGAGAGCCCUGGCCAGCGCUGUCCAGAAAACGUUCAAUGACCUGCACCCAAAAAUGACCAUGCCUCUGCAGGGUGCACAUAGGGGAAAUAGACAUCGGGGACGCGGGCAACAGGGAAGUGAACGACGGGGAAGAGGACAACAUAGUUACGGACAUCAAGGACCUGGAUAUCAGGGACAGUCACCAUGGGGACAUGGGCAGUGGGGACAAAGCAGAAGGGGGGGAGGAGAAGGUGGAGGUAGAGGGGGAGGAGAAGGAGGAGGUGGAGGUAGAGGAGGAGGAGAAGGUAGAGGGGGAGGAGAAGGUAGAGGGGGAGGAGAAGGUAGAGGAGGUGGAGGUAGAGGAGGACAUGGAUAUAGGGGAGGAGACAGCAUAACUCAAAGAAAUUAUCAUGAAAACCAAGAGGAGCAGAGGAGAGAGUAUGGCCAAGAGAGGAAGUUUGAGGGGACAGGCAGUGGGGAAAUCCUACAGACCAAUCGCACACAAGAGGGUCUGAAGAUCAUUCUGAGGAAGGGAAAUAUCCAGGAGGAAUAUUCUGAGGGCAUCGUCAACACCAUCUCUGAGGAUUUGGACCUGAGUAAAGGUGCUGUGUCCAAUGCUAUCCUAAAGGCAGCCGGUCCUGGGCUCCAAUCAGCAGCCACAGAUGAGGUUCGCGUCAACAGAUUGGCCUAUGGUGACAUUGUGGUCACCAACGGUUACAACCUGCGAUGUCAGAGGGUGAUCCAUACUGUCUGCCCCCAUUGGGAUCAGGGAGCUGGCUCAGCAGAGAAGAUAUUGAGAACGAUGAUCAGAGAUUGCCUGAGUGAGGCAGAGAAGCAUAGGCUGGCAUCCCUGUCUUUCCCUGCCAUUGGAACUGGGAACAUGGGAUUCCCUAAGGGCCUGGUGUCCAAGCUUCUUCUGCAGGAGGUCAAAGACUUCAGCCAGAGAAGAAACUCCACACACCUUAAAGAGGUGGCCAUCGUGGUCCACCCCAGCGACACCCAAACUGUGGAUUGCUUUGUCAGGGAAUUCAAAGGUCAGACACAAGGGUAUACUUGGCAGAGUUCACAAGGUUCCGGCCAAUCACAACAUUCCAAAUCUCAUGUUGGCCAAUCACAGCAGCCCUCUGGCGCAGGCUUCUUUGGACAGGUGUCAUCCCCUUCUCUGGGUGUGUACAGCAUGCAGAUGGGUCACGUGACCUUUGAAGUGUCAUCAGGAGACAUCGCCAAGGAGACCAGUGACAUCAUUGUCAACUCCUCCAAUAAGGACUUUAACCUCAAAUCAGGUGUAUCCAAAUCAAUUUUAGAAGGAGCUGGAUUGAAGGUGGAGUUGGAGUGCUCAGAGAUUGUCAGAUCCCCAAGCUUCCAACCAUGCAGGAUGAUCGUGACAUCAGCAGGAUCUCUCCCAUGCAAACACAUCAUGCACAUUGUGGGACAGAAUGACCCUGAGAACAUUAAAGAGACUGUGUACGAUGUUCUCAAGAAGUGUGAGGAGCGAAGGUUCACCUCAGUGUCCUUCCCAGCGCUUGGAACAGGCCAGGGUGGGGCGAGUCCCUCUGCUGUUGCGGACGCCAUGAUUGACGCAGUGGUGGACUUUGUGAAGAGGAAAAAGGGACAGUUUGUGAGAAGUGUGAACAUCGUGAUAUUCCAGACUGCCAUGAUGACGGAGUUCCACAAGAGCAUGAAGAGGAGAGUGGGAGAGGGAGUGGAGGAAAAGGGCAUUUUUACCAGGUUUAAAGAUACACUGACAACCUACUUUAUGGGACCCAGUGAUGAGGGCUCUGCCCGUGAGAACUUUGUCAUGGCGGGAGAGGAGUUUGCCCCGACCGUGUUCCAGCUGUGUGCAGAGAGCCCCCAGGCUGUGAGCCGUGCCCGGGACUGGAUUGAAAACCUCAUAGUGAAGGAGCAAACUGACAAAACCAUCAAGAACCCGUACAUCAGCCAGCUGAGCCAGGGGGAUGUGGAGAAGUUGCAGGCCAUGCAGAGGGAGCUGACGGUCAGGAUACGCCUGGAGAAGAAGGGCCCAGACUCCCUGAUCCGCCUGGAGGGCCUGAGCCGCGAUGUGCUUACAGCAGAUGGCCUCAUCAGGGACAUGGUCCUGGACCAGGAGAGGGCAGAGAACCGCAAACAGGCAGCUUUCCUGGUGAGCAGCCUGGUGGAGUGGCAGUACAAAGACCACAGUGGAACAAUGGUGUCUUUUGACAUGCUCACCAACUGCAUCCUGGAGGAGGCUGUGAGAGACAACAGCAAAGUGACAAUCAAGAUCAACAAUGAGGAUUAUGAGGCAAAUGUAGCCCACAAGAGAGCUGUCAAGUUUGGGGGCAGAAGAGACAUUGAGUUAUUGAGAAAAGACCUGAAAGACGAUACAUCAGUGUCUCUACCUGCACACUGGGAUGACAUGAAGGGUUCCCUCUUAAAGCUGGUCCCACUAACUCCAGGAUCCAAGGGAUACAAUGACGUAGAGAAGGAAUUUCAGAAGACUUUACUCAACAACACCAUCCUUACAAUUGAACAAGUCCAGAACGAUUCACUGUGGAAAAACUACCAGAUAAGAAAGAAACUCCUGGAGGAGAAGAACAAGCACACAAACAACGAGAAACUGCUGUUCCAUGGCACCAGUUCCGACUCCAUCACCCAGAUCAACAACCAUGGCUUCAAUCGCAGCUACGCUGGAACACAUGGUGCUGCAAUUGGCAAUGGAUCAUACUUUGCUGUGGACUCCAGUUAUUCAGCAAGGGGAUAUUCUAAAGCUGAUGCACAAGGGAACAAGCGCAUGUACCUGGCCAGGGUUCUUGUUGGAGACUACACUCGGGGACAAGCAGGCUUGAUUGUUCCUCCUGCCAAACCUUCAGGGAAGGAUGCCGAUUUGUACGACAGUGUCACAGACAACACCUCCAAUCCAACCAUGUUUGUGAUCUUCAAUGAUGUGCAGGCUUAUCCAGAGUUCCUCAUCACAUUCCAGUAAAUGAGAUUUAACUGUACCUUCAUUAGUAUAUCAAUACUUCACAACAAAUUGCAUAUGUCUGUGUGAAGGGUUUUGAUGGUAUGGGAGCUAGUUGUUAUAUCCAUGUAUGAGGUUAGACAUCCUUAGAAAACGUACUCUUUAUAGACAUAAAUGAUAUUGCUUAGGCCCGGUUGCAUAAAAUAUCUUAAAUUAAUUUUGUCCUUGUAUUUUCCCUUACAUUUUCCUUAAGUUUAAGUCAGUUGCACAAACAUUUUAAGGUGAAUUUCCCCCUUAAAUUAAGUGGAAAAGUUAAGGGUGCCAAUGAGGUCCCUUAAUAAGUGCUUAAUUCAGUAUGGAUAUCAAUGUUAACAGCAUUUGUGGAGGUGGAUGUUGCUUUCCUCUGCCCUGGUUUCAAAAGUAAAACCUCCACCGCCAGCUAACAAUAGAAGCUGCACAUUCAAUGGCGACACCGCUAGCUGGCUAGCUAGCUACCAACUCUUAAGUUAGCUUGACGUAAUAGAAACAAGUUGAGAAAAAAUAUACUAAAAUAAACAUAUUUUGUUAUCUUCUUAAUCAAUUUGUUUCUCUGGUCUUGAAUGUAGAAGUUCAAUUUUGUGAUCUCCCAAAAUAAAUGCAAUCUUUUUGACAAGG